AUGUCCUGGUUGUCCCCGGUCCAGUGGGCCAAAUGGACGUGGUCAGCUGUGACGGGUGGCUCAGGAGACGACGGGCAUGACGAUGACAAUUCAGACUCCGAAGGAACAUACGAGACCCCAGAGGUAGAGUCUCCAAGUGUAGUGAAUUUGCUGAGCCAGCUUGACAACGCCACGAACACAGACCAAUUUGUCCACAAGAAUUGCAACCAGGAUGAGGUCGAUGCCCUUAAUAACCUGACUGGCUCAUCACCCAACAACAACAGCUUUGGUCUUGGCAAGAACCUCAAUCUGACGCGAACACCCAAGCCUUUGUCCCAGUCAAAUGCUGCAUCACAAGCACAACGACCUCCGUCCCUGCCGGUCCACUCCCCGCUGAAUACACCGGAUCCUUCAGAGGUGGACGAUGAGGCCCCCGUGAUUGCUAACCUGAGCUCAGACUCAAACAAGAUACCCUGCCAUGAACAUGACUUGCUCAAUGGCAACGUCAACUCUGACGGUGCAAAACCAGCCUGCCAGCAAGAGGGAAGUGUGGUCAGCAGCAGCAUUAUCAUAAAUUUGUGUGAAGUAAAGCCGGUGCAGCCCAAGCAAAAGGACCUCAGUGAGCAGGAUGAUCAUGACGGCCAUGCUACUGAUGAGGAGAAGUUGGCCAGCAGCACAUGCCUCAAAGCAGACAAGGACCAAAGCAUUCAAGUCUGUCAUGUAUCUUCCACGCCAGAAGAGCCAUACAACUGCACCCUGCACAAUGAAGACCCAAGCAAGUGGAAGAACAAAUCAGGAGGAAGUGGCAUGCAGAAAACAGGAAGUGAGGUUCUGGACUCCAUCUGCAUCAGUGAAGAGGAGAAAAAGGCUGUUUUAACCCUCAUUAGAGAGGAGAUUAUUACUAAAGAGGCAGAAGUGAACGACUGGAAGAGGAAGUAUGACGACAGCAGACAGGAAGUCAAUGAGAUGAGAAAGAUUGUUGCAGAGUACGAGAAGACGAUUGCACAGAUGAUUGAGGAUGAGCAAAGAAACAGCAUGAGUUCCCAGAAGGCUUUGCAUGCUGUAACCAUGGAGAAGGAGGCAGCUCUUACAGACCUCAAUUCGGUGGAACGUUCAUUGUCUGAUGUUUUCCGGCGCUAUGAGAAUAUGAAGAGCACCCUUGAAGGCUUUAAGAAAAAUGAAGAGGUACUUAAGAAAUGUGCUCAGGAGUAUCUGGCCAGAGUUAAACAGGAGGAGCAGAGAUACCAGACACUCAAAGUCCAUGCAGAAGAGAAGCUCGACAAGGCCAAUGAGGAGAUCGCUCAAGUGCGCACAAAGGCCAGUUCCGAGAGCUUGGCCCUGACCGCCAGCCUCAGAAAGGAGCAAAUGAAGAACGAGUCCCUAGAACAAGCUCUGCAGCAGAAGAAUCAAGAGAUUGAAGAACUCACUAAGAUCUGUGACGAGCUCAUCGCUAAAAUGGGAAAAGUGGACUGA